GCAGUGUAUGUUAUUAGGGUGGACGGUAACUCGGGGAGUGACAGUAUGAGCGUGUGUGUGUGAGUGUGUGUGAGUGUGUGUGUGAAUGUGGAGGAUAAGAUGAGUUGUGGAUGAUAUUAUGAUGGCGUUCCAGGAAGGAGAGACUCUCGAGUCGUGGCUCAACAAAGCCACUCACCCGAAUAACAGGCAGGAGGACUGGGAGUACAUCAUCGGCUUCUGUGACCAGAUCAACAAGGAACUGGAAGGUCCACAGAUUGCUGUACAGCUUCUUGUUCACAAAAUCCAUUCACCUCAGGAAUGGGAAGCUCUCCAGGCAUUAACUGUUAGUGAUCACACACACACACACACACACACACACACACACACACACACACACACACACACAUACUUGCACAGAUUUCUGGUCGGACGUGUUCGUUAUCUCCUGCAGGUGUUGGAGGCCUGCAUGAAGAACUGCGGAAGGCGGUUUCACAACGAAGUGGCCAAAUAUAGGUUUUUAAACGAGCUCAUCAAAGUGGUUUCCCCCAAGUACAUGGGAGAAAGUGUCUCUGCAAGAGUGAAGACGAAGAUUAUUGAAAUGCUGUACAGCUGGACUGUAGCGUUCCCCAGCGAGGUCAAAAUGACUGAAGCGUACCAAACACUGAGGAGACAAGGACUCGUCUCAUCAGACCCGGAGUUGACGGCUGAUAAAACUCUGAUCCCGUCUCCACCUUCUCGCCCCAAGAACCCGGUAUUCGACAACGAGGACAUGGGCAAGUUGCUGGCGGAGCUGCUUCGGAGUAAGAACCCAGAGGAUCUUCAGGAGGCCAACAGGCUGAUCAAGAACAUGGUGAAGGAGGACGAUGCACGGGUUCAGAAAAUGACCAAACGCAUGCACACGCUGGACGAGGUCAACAACAAUGUCAAGCUGCUGAGCGAGAUGCUGAGUCAUUACGACCCAGACCGGUCAUCAGACGCAGACCGUGACCUCAUCAAGGAGUUGUUUGAGCGCUGUGACAAACUAAGACGCACUGCAUUCAAACUGGCCACAGAGACGGAGGACCACGACACUAGUUUAGGUGAGAUUCUUCAGGCAAGUGAUGAGUUGGAGAGAGUUAUAAGCCUGUAUAAGAAGGUUGUAAAGGGUGAGACGUAUGUUGAGAACACUGAGGAACAGAAACCAGCAUUCGGGAAAGGUUGUGAGACAGACACUCUCAUUGAUCUCGCUGGUCUGGAUGAACCACCUGCUCCCCAGUUGGCUCCGUCCACUCAAGUCUCCAGACCCCCUCUAACCAAUCAGACUGUCUGCAGCAUUCCGGUGAUCCCGCCCCCUCCUCGCCGAUUGGCUGGAGGCUCCACCAGUCAGACCAGCAGCCCGAUUCACAAAGCCUCCGAGUCGUCGCCGGCCCACUCUCUGCUGGACGAUGAGCUGCUGUCCCUCGGCUUGAAUGAACCCCCUCCGGUACAGAACAGACCCAAACUGGAGGACGUGUCUAACCAGUGGACGUCUUUACAGGCUCCUGCUCCUCCUGGACUUGACCUGUUCUCCAGCGGAGCAGCAGCACCAGGAACCGCGUUUCCUCCUACACACACCUCAGGCCACCACACACACUCGACACACCCCACACACCCAGACGUAUUGACUCAGGGGCUGCAGGACCUCGCCAUGCUGAACCUGGGAGAGGUAAAAAGCGUACCAGGGCAACACGUCAUGGCUGGCGGUGUUAGUUCGGGUUUCUCCGUCUCCUCGUCUCUCUCCUCCUCCAAUCCGUUUAUCAGCUUCACCAUGUCCGGCUCACCCCUGCGUACUCUACAGGGAAACCCUGUACGCUCCGAGGCGUCCCUCAGCACCCUGCAUGUUUCCCUCGACUCCAUCAAAACCAGUAAGGCUCUUCCUGUGACUGCGUACGAUAAAGACGGAGUGCGUGUCCUCCUGCACUUCGGCUCAGAGUGUCCCCCAGGGAGACCAGACGUCCUCGUCAUCGUGGUGUCCAUGCUGAACACGGCUCCUCUCGCAGUGAAGAACAUCGAGCUACAGGCCGCAGUGCCAAAGUCUAUGAAGGUGAAGCUUCAGAGUCCAUCAGGAGCCGAGCUAGCACCCUUUAACCCCAUGAUGCCCCCUUCCUCAAUCACACAGGUCAUGCUUCUCGCUAACCCACUUAAGGAAAAGGUGCGUCUGCGCUAUAAGCUGAUGUUCCUCCUAGGUGAGAGAGAGUACUGUGAAGUGGGUGAGAUGGAUCAAUUCCCUCCACCUGAAAGAUGGGGAAACCUGUAGAGCCCACACACACACACACACACACACACACACACACACACACACACACACAAAACCCUGUGCUAAGGUCCGACUCGGACAAUCUGAAAGAAAACCUGUUUAUUUAUUGAUUAAAUAAGUUAGCUUCUUAGUUCCUUUGAUCUACAGCGCUAACGCUACCUCCGAGAUUCCACCCAGCACAUGUGGACUUCCGGAUCAUCUCUGAAAAGGAAAUCGCUUCUACUGCAGUCUCUGUUUCAGAAUCUGGUAUCCAUCAACUCUCACAUCUUCCUUCUGACUGUAAUGCGUAUCAGGUAUAAGGAUGAAUCUCCAUCAAGCUCUCAUCCACACUGUCACCCAAUCAGACGUGGUCUGGGGUGGAGCUUCAUGAAUCUUCAAUCAUCCGGUCUCCACCCGAAGCAUCUAAAGCCGAUUCAGCUGAACCCUGAGCUCACACUAGCAAGCAGCCGAGCGACAGGCGACUUUAUGUUUCCAGUGUAGACUUGUGACAGAGCUCCUUCAGAAGAAAAUGGGAAGUGUAAUGGUUUUAAUGGAACCUGUAAUGGUGUUUCCUUGUGGAUUUAUUGGGAAAUUCUCAGCUGCCUUGGUGGCAUGUUUUGUCUCAUAGCAUUAAGAACCAAUAGAACACCUUCAACAGUUGCGUAUUAAUAUCUAAUGGAUGCCAUUAGGGACCAUUAAGAGGCCAUUAAAGCACCCAGAUUCCAGUAGUAGAAACCCACACUGGUUUCUUUGGUCUGUUGAUAAUGGUUUAUGUAACGGUAAUGUAUUUGGUAGCUGAUGGUUUGUAAUGUGGUUGUAGUGGAAUCCAUUACAAUUCCAGCGGUUGUUUUUAUUGUUGUUGUUUUUUCAGAACGAGAAAGUCGAGACAUAUUUUAUUUUAUUGCAUUAGUGACAUAAGUCAAUUUUUUUUAACAUUCGCGUUAAAUCUUUUACGUUUUUUUCAUGUUUACUAAAUGAAUGCGUUUUAUUUAUUGAGUUCGUCGUGCAAUACAGAUGUGUUACUGCUUGUGUCCAGGAUUGUUGUUAUUCUUAAUGUUAUUACUGAAACAUCCUGAGACAGAAAGCUAGAACUGUAAUAACCUAAUAAUAACAUGUUGAUCCUUGUGUGUGUGUGUGUGUGUGUGUGUGUGUGUGUGUGUGUGUGUGUGUGUGUGAGAGAUUCUGCACUCUGACUGUAUAAUGUGUGUUUGAUCUUAAAAAAAAAAACACAAGCCAUAAAAAAACUUAGUUUGUCCUGAUCACUGGAAUAAUGUUGCGAAUGUAGAAAAGCUGUGAUUCAGAAUACCGAAACUGCCAGUGUGUGUGUGUGUGUGUGUGUGUGUGUGUGUGUGUGUGUGUGUGUGUGUGUGCUUGCUAGCUUGCUUGCUUUCCCAUUUUAAGUGUUUUUAGCUUAUGCAGAUUCUUAAACCCGCCCUGCUGCACAGACUGUAGACAUUGUGAGUACAGAAGGGUUCCUCGUGAAUGGUGUGUGUGUGUGUGUGUGUGUGUGUGUGUGUGUGUGUGUGUGUGUGUGUUGUAUGUGCUUGUGCCAUGCCACACUAUGUACAGUAUAUGGUUCGAACAUGUGAUUUGUUCUGCUGCAUGCUGAAAUAAAGUCUCUUUUGAAGCAAA